UUAAAUAAACAAUAUUAUAAUUUCGGUAAAAAAAUUAAUUGUCUUCCAAUUUCCUGUUGUAAACCUAAUUUCAAAUCAUGGCUGAUUCAAAAAAGAUGCCCAAUUAUGUGAAAUUCGUUGUAGGUGGUGGUGCUGGCAUGACAGCAACUUGUUUUGUACAACCCAUGGAUUUAGUUAAAACACGCAUGCAAAUGGCUGGAGUGGGUGGUAAAGCUAGAGAAUAUAAGAAUUCUUUAGAUUGUCUUUUGAAAGUGGUAAAAAAUGAGGGUGUAUUAAAGUGUUGGCAAGGUCUGGGAGCAGGUUUAUUAAGACAGGCCACCUAUACUACUACACGAAUGGGAGUUUAUCAAAUUUUAAUUGAUGUCUAUAAAAGAAACAGUCAGCAAGUCCCUACUGUAGCGGCCAGUAUGUCUAUGGGUAUAAUGGCUGGAGCUGCAGGUGCUUUUGUAGGCAAUCCCGCAGAGGUGGCCUUAAUACGCAUGGUAACCGAUGGCAAAUUAUCAGAGAAAGAGAGAAGAAACUAUAAAAAUGUAAUCGAUGCUUUGUGGCGAAUACUCAAGGAAGAAGGUUUUGCGGGUUUAUGGCGUGGUUGCCUACCCACUGUGGGCAGAGCCAUGGUAGUAAAUAUGUGUCAAUUGGCAUCGUAUAGUCAAGUUAAAAAUUUUCUACAUCAAGGCCCUUGUCAAAUGCCACAGGGUUUUGGUUUACAUGUGGCAGCAAGUUUUUGUUCGGGACUUUUAACUUCAGUGGCCUCAAUGCCACUUGAUAUUGCUAAGACUAGAAUACAAAAUAUGAAAACUCCUGUGGGAGCUAAGCCGGAAUACUCCGGAACGUUAGAUGUUUUGUUGAAAAUUUCUAGAAAAGAAGGAAUGUUGGCUUUGUGGAAAGGUUUUACACCCUAUUUUGCUCGUAUUACACCACAUACGAUAUUGACUUUUGUUUUCCUAGAGCAAUAUAACAAGUUGUACUAUAAAUAUGUUCUGGGAGUGGAGGGAGGUUCCAAUUUGUGAUUUAAGGAUGGAGUUUAAUGGGCUCAUUAUGAAAAUUUUAUGUUUUAUAAACAUUGCAAUUGUGUAUUGCUAACCAAAUGUUGAAAUAAUUGUGGUCUUUUAUAUGGAUAAACAACCACACCUGAGGCUUUUAGAUUGUUGCCAAUUUAGCAGCACCUACUACAGCUGCUACUAAUUGUACUGCAACAAUUGUUUAUAUAUUGUGCUACCAGUAAUUUAAAAUGUAUAAAUUUAUUUAAUUAUGACGUUAUUUACAACUAAUUAGAUGAAUUAAUUUGUCUACUCAAAUGUAAAUGAACUUCGAAUAAUUGUAUUUGUAUCAUGUUAAUACUUUUGUUAAAAUUGUUUCUUUUUUAUGCUAAUUAUUAUUUAAUUUGUAAAAUACUUGAAAAAAAUGUCUAUAAUAAAAAACAAUAUCAACCAUAAAUUUUUGGUUGACAUCAGCCAUGAGUCCACCCAACACCAGCUGCCUCAACAGCUACAUGAUUAAUAGUUGCAAUUGUUGUAGAACAAUGAAGUUUCAAUGUGUCCAAAUAAAAAUAAUUGUUAAUUUU